AAUAAAAAACUGUUUUGUAAAUAUUUUUAUUUGUAUUUUUGGCAGAUUUAGGCUAUUUCUGAUUUUUCAACAAUAAUAGAGCGGGUUUUUAACAAUGUUCUGUUAAAAUGUUAAAAUCAUAAAACGCCGAAAUGUGCACUCUUUAAAAUUUAUUAAUGCUAUUCAACAAAAACUUAAAAAGAUAUGUUUAUAUCUACCUGUUAACGUUACAAGUUUGAGACAUUAUUAAUGUUAUGCUAACAUGGAAAACAUUAAAUAAUUUAAUUAAAAUCCAAAGGGAAGCUAAUUUUCUAAUUAAAUUAUAGUGCAUUAAUUUAUCCCAGAAAUGGUGUUAGUUUUGUUUUUCUUGCCUCUGGCGUUUGUUUUAAGUGCAGAAGCUUCCAGAGUAUUGGAAUUAAGUGAUAAGUUUUUAGAAAUAAGGAAGGAUAGUGGGCAUUGGUUGGUUAUGUUUUAUGCACCAUGGUGUGGACACUGUAAACGAUUAGAACCUGUUUAUGCUCAUGUUGCACAAGCUCUAUAUCGAACAUCAAUAAAUGUCGGUAAAGUUGAUUGUACUCGUUUUUCCUCAUUGGCAACUGAAUUUUCUGUUAGAAGUUUUCCUACAAUUAAAUAUAUCAGGGAUACUGAACACCAAACUUUUACUGGUGAUAGAACCAAAGAAGAAAUUGUAAGUUUUGCAUUACGGAUGGCAGGUCCUCCAAUACAAGAUAUAAAACAAUCUGAAAAAUUGCAGUCUCUUAUUAUGAGUAAUCAGUUAUUUUUUUUGUAUAUUGGAGAAAAAGAAGGCUCUUUAUGGGAUUCCUAUUAUUAUGGAGCUUCUAAGCUUCAGCCUUAUAGCUUUUUCUAUGCUGCUAAUGUUGGUGUUGCAAAACUAUAUAGUAAUGCUUCACAGUUGCCUUCUUUAUCAGUUUAUAAAGAAGGCAAGCAGUAUACAUAUAUUGAUACAAUAAUAGAAUCACAGGCUGAUUUUGCCACAAUUAAUGAAAGUGUGUAUAAGUGGUUAAACGAAGAAAGAUUUGAAACAUUCCAGAAAGUCACAAGAGGCAAUAUAAAUCAAAUUUUACAAACUAAAAAGUAUAUUGUUAUGGCUGUUGUUGAAGAAAAUAAAUUAUUCCAGAUCUCUAAAGAAAUGGAGGAGUUUCGUGACAGAAUUAAAGCAAUUACUCUAAAGAAAAGAGAUAAGUAUCACAAGCAUUUUCAGUUUGGUUGGAUUGGAAGUCCUGAAUUGGCUAAUAGUAUAGCCAUGAGUGUUUUGCCAUUACCAUAUUUACUUGUUUUAAAUUCGACAACCAAUCAUCAUUAUAUUCCUGAAGAUGAGCCUUCUCAAUUAACUGAAGAAGCAAUUGAUCUUUUUUUAGAACAGAUAUUCAAUCAAAGUGCACCUGCAUAUGGUGGUAACAGUUUACCAGUAAAUUUGUAUAGAACAUACUUUGAAGCGAGAACUACACUUGGAGAAAUGUGGUGGGGGAAUCCUGUUUUGACAACACUUCUUUUUGGAUUACCAUUAGGAUUUUUAUCACUGAUCAUAUAUUCAGUCUGCUGUGCUGAUAUAAUGGAUGCAGAAGAGGAAGAAGAACAACUUUUACAUAAAAAGGAAGAGUAAAAUCCAUAUAAAGACAAAUUAGUCUUAAAAAACCCAUAUAUCAUGUACCAUAUAGUAUAUUAUUGUCUGCUCACUAAUUCUUUUGUUGUGAAAUAGCUGUUAUAUGGAUUUAAUGUAAAGAAAAUGCUUUAUUAUUUUGUCAAUUGGCCAUAAAAAACAUUUAUAAUCUAUGCAUGAAAUAGGAAAUUAUCAAAUAUUACAGGUAAAUGUGUAAGGAAUAUUGUGAAUUGUAUUUAUUGUACGAAUUGUACUAUGAAAUUAUAGGUUGGUAUGAUCUCUGUUUAAUGUACAUUAAGAGAUAUUUUUCUUAAAUUAGCAUUAACGAACGUAAUGUAUUGGAUUAAACAGGAGUUUUGUGAUUAUUCUAAGUAAGUACCUAAAUACUGUAGUUAAAGUAAUAUUUAUUAUAAUUUAUUAUAACGUGAUGGAGA